AUGAAUAAUAAUAGUGCUACGGAGGCAACAUCAAGGGUGCAGAUACGGCCUUAUUAUGAUCCUGAUUCAUUCAAUGCUGGGUACAGCGCUGUUUUCAAGCCUGAUGAAGGUGUAGUAGAUCCGCAUGGGUACACCAUUGCUUCUAAACUAAAUGUCAUCAACUCAUCUCCCACUACAAAGAGAAUGGCUAAUGCAUUGUUUAAAAGAUCGCCAAUAAACAAAUUGUCAAAUUCAAUAAACGAUGGACUUCCACUUAAAGGAAGUAACGGGGAAAUAACUGGUUUGAAUAAUUUUGAAUGGGUGGAAUUGAUUAAUCUUCAGAAAUGGCGAAAAAUAUUUGAACAGCUACUGGAUAUGUUUCUCAAAAAGUACUUUCAAUUACUCAUCCAACAACCCUUUGAUGUAGCGAGAUUACUUACUCAAGUGGGCGAGUUUCAAAUAUCUAAACCUGCAGUUGACAAUAGCAAACCUUCACCACCAAUAAUCUUGCGGGAUGAGGAACGAGGUGUUGCAGUGGAAGGAGAAGAAGAUUAUGGUUACGAUGAGGAAGAAAUCGAUUUCUUUCCUAUAGAAAGAAAGAUGGCGGAAGCAAAUUCCACUGAGCCUACUACUGUUGAAGAAACUGACCGCUCGCAUCCUGAAGUCACUGAUAGUUCUUUGAUUAUCACACCUCAGUCCCUACAUACAAUUGACGUAAUCAACGCCCUAUUUGACCAGGAAGGGAUUCGUGGUUUAUGGAAAGCCAACAAUACAACAUUCAUUUACAAUUUCCUUUCUCUAAGUAUUGAUACCUGGUUCACAGGCUUACUUUCGUCCUUUUUGGGUGUUCCUGACCCUUACUUUAUGGAGGUGAUCAACUCUUCCGAUAUCUCUAAAUCUUUCUUGCUAGCCCUGAGUGCAGGGGUAUUUACAGGUAUCAUACUGCUACCGGUGGAUUUGAUAAGAACAAGAUUGAUAGUUACAUCAUUUAAAAGAAAGAAGAAUUCCAAGGCAAAGAGUAAAAUUACGAAUCCUAGAAGCUUGAGACAGUUGAUCAGAUGCUGGUCAUGGCGUAGGAACGGUGUUUCAAUUCCUUUAGAUAUGUGGUGCUUAACAGUUCUUCAAUCUGUCAAUAAUAGCUUUUUCAACAAAUUAUUUGACUUAGUUAUUUACAACCAAUUCCAUAUCGAAAAGUAUUCUCAAACUGUCACAUAUAAUACAAUGAAGUUUUUUUCUAAAUCCCUUGAACUGUUCAUUAAACUUCCGGUGGAAAAUCUAUUACGUCGCUGUCAAUUAAACUACUUACUGAACGAUCAACGAUUAUUAUUCAAAGUAGAUUCCACUGAAUUGAUAGUAAAACCAAAAAAAUAUAACGGUAUAUGGGAUAUAAUAAGAAACAAUUCUGAAACAAAUAGGCGCCAACUCUGGAACGGUUGGAAGGUUGGUGUAAUUAGUUUAAUUUGCGGAUAUGGGUUACAAAUGAUGAACAAAGUCGAUAUCGACAUGGAACAAGAGAAGUUCUGA